GACCCCAAGAUGCCGUCCAACAUCACCCUGUGUCCCGUCUUGGAGUUCAUGAGCAACAUCACGGGCCAUGCCAACUCCAACAGGCGCUACAUUGACUACGCCUCCGUGACCCUGCAUGGGCUGGUCUCUCUAAUGGGCAUCGUGGAGAACACCAUCAUCCUCUUUGUGGUCAGCUGCCGCAUGCGUCAGACGGUGGUCACCACCUGGGUGCUGCACCUGGCCCUGUCUGACCUGCUGGCCACAGCGAGCCUGCCCUUCUUCACCUACUUCCUGGCCGUGGGCCACACGUGGGAUCUAGGCACCACCUUUUGCAAGCUGCACUCAUCCAUCUUCUUCCUGAAUAUGUUUGCGAGUGGCUUCCUGCUCAGUGCCAUCAGCCUGGAUCGCUGUCUGCAGGUGGUGAAGCCCAUCUGGGCCCAGAACCACCGCACAGUGGCUGCAGCCCAGAAGGUCUGCUUGGUACUCUGGGGCCUGGCCCUGCUCAAUACCAUCCCCUACUUCCUGUUCCGUGACACCAUUACACGGAAGGAUAUGCGGAUUAUGUGCUACUAUAACGUCCUGCUCCAUAGCCCCGGGGCAGACAGGGAUGCCACCUGUGGUCACCGCCAAAUGGCCCUGGCGGUCAGCAAGUUCCUGUUGGCUUUCGCCAUGCCCCUGGCCAUCAUCGGAGCCUGCUACUUGGCUGUGAGCCUGCAGGUGCGCCACCGGUGCCGCCAGCACCCCAGCCGCUUUGUACGCCUGGUCAUGGCAGUCAUUGCUGCAUUUGUGCUCUGCUGGCUGCCCUACCACAUCUUCAGUCUGAUGGAGGUUCAGGCCCACUACGACCCCAGUCUGCGGCCGCUGGUGCUGCUGGCCCUGCCCUUUGUAACCAGCCUGGCUUUCAUCAACAGCGUGGUCAAUCCGUUCAUCUAUGUGUUGACCUGCCCCGACGUGCUACAGAAGCUGCGCCACUCCCUGCGCUGUGUGCUCGAGAGCGUGCUGGUGGAGGACGCCGAGUUUGGCUGUGUCAGCGGCCGCCGGCGCCGUAGCUCCCAGGCAGCCUCCUUGUCCCGAUCCUCCUCCACCGCCAGCUCCUCAGGUUUACGUGGCCGCUGGCUCAACUGGGUGGGGGCCAAGAUAGCUGGGCAGCCAGGGAAAGCCCCAACCCCAGCUGAGCUGCAGGAGGAGGUUUCCUUGAAAUGA